AUGGCGGGUUUACCAGCAAUGCGACAGCUGGCCUGCCUGAGAUCUUUGUUUAAGACCCAAGAGGCCAUUCAACCUCAGAUCAGCCGCCGAUUCAUUUCGACUGCCUACUCACAGCGUCCGAAGCGCGUCCCUUUCCCUUCCAAUCUCCCGAACAAUUCCUCCCCCAAGCCGAUCAAGGUCUAUCCUCCUCCGCCCUCCACCCGCGCCGUAUGCAAGGACCCAAUCGCAAGCGUCACCGAGUCGCAAUUGUCGGUAAUCGAUCCCAAGGGCGAGCGUAAGGCUUUGUUCGACUACCGACGGAAUCCUCGCAGUGUCAAGCCCGGUGAUAUCGUCCGAGUCACAUUCAAGAACGGCGACCCGUUCAAUGGUGUUGUUCUGAGUAUCAAGAUGCGUGGCAUUGACACCUCUUUCCUGCUGCGAAACGAGCUCACUCGUGUCGCCGUUGAGAUGUCCGUGAAGGUGUUUAAUCCGAAUAUCUCGAGUGUGGAGAUUGUCCAGCGUGCAGAGCGCAAGGCUCGCCGCGCUCGCCUGUACUUCAUGCGGUCUCGCAAGCACGACCGCCGUAGUGUCGAGAACGUUGUGGCUGCCUAUGUUCGCCAGAAGAAGGCCUUCAUGGGUGGUGGCCGUCGGGGUUAA